AUGGAGCUGGGUCUGCACCUCCACAGCCUCUCGGUCGACCUCGUGGCGCUCGUGGCCUCGUUCGCCUGGGACUUGGACUCGGCGUCCGCGGCGGGCCUCCUGGACGUCGUGCGGCUGCUGCUGCGCCUGCGCCGCUCCAGCCCCGUGCGCUGCAGCGUCCGAGCGCUCAACGCCGCGGCGGAGAACGGCUUCCUGGACGUCGUGCUCGAGCUGCACGCGAGCGCCGCCGCCUCGUGCUCCACGUUCGCCAUGAACAUGGCGGCGGCCCACGGGCACCUGGACGUGGUCAAGUUCCUGCACUUCAAUCGGUCCGAGGGCUGCACGAGCUACGCCAUGGACGCGGCCGCCGCCAAGGGCCACCUGGACGUGGUCGAGUUCCUGCACUCGCACCGCUCGGAGGGCUGCACCACGGCGGCCAUGGACCUGGCCGCGGCCCAGGGGCAUCUGCAGGUGGUGGAGUUCCUGCACCGACAUCGCUCAGAAGGCGCCACGGUCGCCGCCAUCGACAGAGCGGCGCAGAACGGGCACUUGAGGGUCGUGCAGUUCUGCAGAGAAGCAAGGCAGGAAGGAUUCACGCAGCUCGCGAUACUGUGGGCGACUGCCAAUGGACACAUGGAUGUCGUGCGCUAUCUGCAGCCGUCGCGAGGCCAGCGCAGUGCUUUGGGAGCGCUGCUCGGAGACGGACGACUGCUUGUUUGUUAG